AUGGUGGACUGGGCUGUUGUAUUGCGUCCCGUUGGAGCCCUUGGCGGCGCUCUUGCUCGCGCGAGACAACAGCCAGAUGGCGAUGAACGCUUCUUCAAUCACUCGAGAUAUCGUUCAUUGAUUGACAAGCCCUUUGCAAUUAGUGUCGAAACCAAACCCGAGGGCGAAGAUAUUCGACAGGCCUAUAUUCAGCUUGCUGUCUGGACUUCUACUCAUAUGAAUUUCUUAUCUCAGCUUUUGGGCGAUACUGCUUCCUCCGCCAAAAAUCUACCUCAUCUUCCACUCUUGAUUGUUCAAGGCUCACUCUGGUCAUUCUUGUGUGCCUCUCGCAAGGCUGAUGGAUCGACCGACAUUCAUACGAAGAUUGACUUUGGCGAUGCGAGUACGAGAUAUGGUGUUUUCAUAAUCGUUUCCGUCUUGCAACUACUCGUUGAUUGGGCUGAAGUCCAUUAUCGUCCUUGGUUUGAGGAACACUGUGUCGUCAAGGAAUAG